UUGUUGGUCCGUGCAGGUUCGCGCACGGAAAGGUUAGAUCGAACGUACUCGAUCUCGCGUGGAAAGCGUAGCCAAGAUGGUGAUCCGGAAGGAGCUAGUGGAUCAGGACUGGGAGAUUUAUCUCCAUAGUUUUGAUGAGGACACGGCCUGGGGUGUCGACUACCGCCAGGAGAAGAACGUGUACGUCGGCGGCGCGACCAUCUUCAAAAGAGACCAAGCUGGGCAGAUUGUUGAGACUCAGCCUAUCAGAGGGAAGAUUCGGUUUCCUCACGCACCCUUCCGUUUUGGACUCCCCUUAGGGAUGGAUUUUCUCAGCGGUUCGGAGUCGGACCCUAGUGAGGGGCCAGGCUACGAGUCAGGCGAGGGGAGCGAGUCUUCAGUGACUUCCGAGCACCGGAAUCCGACAGAGGGACUUUUGGUGCCGGAGGAGGAGCCGGUGAGCCCCAUUGCACCACCCGAGCAAGAGCUGAAUCAGGGACUCAUGGAUCCCGUACCAUUAGGGUUUGGGUGGAGCUUGGAGGCAUUGAGGCAGUGGAACCUGGACAUGAAAGUUGAGCUUCCGAAGCCAGGAGAGGAGACGCCGGAGCCUUCCAACAUGUGGGCCAGAGAAGAUGCAGACUGCAAUGAGUGGCCUUGUUUGGGUUGAGAGCGCUGUUUUAUUUUUGGAGCUUUUAUUUUACUUUGAAGUACUUGUAGUUGAUUUUCAAAUGUAAACAAUUUUGUCAGAUUACUAGGGUGGUUUUGUUUACACACAUGGGUGUGGCCACCGUACAUUAUUUCAGUUAUUGGAUUUAUAUCAAUCGUUCGUUUUCCUUACUCGCACGUUUGUUUAUUUGAUUUAUAUUUAACGCUGAGAACUUUCGUAAUAAUUGGAUCUUUGUCAUUUAAUGAAGAUUAAUAAAUGGACGGCGAAAAUUCUUUGUGAAAAUCAUGAUUUUUGGUUUUUCGUGACGUCCGAGAA